UCUUGAACAUUUAUCUUUGAACAUUUAUCCCAUGAAUUAGAAAUUAAAUAGGAAUGAAAUUCGAAGUAAACUGACGUAUACAUUGCCAGCAUGAUAGAAAUCACGGCAAAACUCGUUCGAGGUCCUGUGUAUUUUUCUGGAGAGAUUGUAGAAUGUUUGGUGACGUUUACUAAUCCUCCGAACCCAAAUCAUCAAAUAUCACAAAGUCAUAGUGAUCUAUUCGAGAGUCUUGCAUGGGCAAGUGCACAAGUCCAUUGCCAGUGUACAACGAAUAGUAAAAUGGUACUUUUAGAGAAAAUAAAUACUACAGCUCGUUCAGUAGCAAUUAACGCAAAUACUACCUUUGCACCAUGGCAACAGGAUAAUGGACAUGUAGUGCUGAAUACAAAACCAAAAAUUUUAUGUUGUGAUUUAAGACUGUCACCUGGAGAAAGUAAGACUUAUAUUUAUCGUGAAACAAUACCAAGUAACGCUCCACCUUCAUACAGAGGACAAGCUGUAAAAUAUUCUUAUAAGAUUACAAUUGGAACACAAAGAGUGAAUACAGUUAUAAAACUUUUACGAGUACCAUUCAGAGUACUUUCUUUAAGCGAAUUACCAGAGAUAACAGCAUGCAACGAUAGUGUGGAUCUGAGUCCAAACAAUCCGUUUAUGGAAACGCAACAUAGGGAAACCCCACUAGAUAUUGCUUUACAAACAUUGCAGAAUUUAACAGCCAGACGCAGUCCAAACUUUUACAACGUGACAAACGGCCGUGGACGCGUAGUGCGAUUCUGCCUCUUUAAGAAUUCCUACAAACUUGGUGAAGAUAUUGUUGGAACCUUCGACUUUUCGAAUGCGACUGUAUCUUGCGUUCAGGUGUCAGUGUCUCUACAGUCGGAGGAGCACGUGUCAGAGGAAUACAAACGGGGGAAGAGCGCAACGCCGACAUUGAUCAGCUACAACAAGCAUCAUGAGAUGUGUCUCGGUCUCAAGUAUUCACACCUGGUGCUACCAAUACCUUUGCACGUUACGCCAGACUUUACUACCGAUUUGGUGACACUGAAGUGGCGGUUGCAUUUUGAGUUCGUCACAACGUCGAAACUGAUGGACAUGCCUAAUGAGAAUACCAUAAGUUGGCACGGACCAUCAACUCUGGAUGUCGAAACGAUGAUUUGGGAUCUUCCAUUGCAUAUUCAUCCGACUACUACUCCACCGAACAUGCCACAACAGACGAAAUACAACACUGUCAUAUAGGUACCAUACAUAGCAAAUAUAUGCGUAUAUUCAUUAAACAUCAAUUAAUAUUAACAAUAAUAUAACAUUAAUGUUAUAAUUUCAACAAUG